AUGCCCGGAAAGCACGUACGAUUCGCAGCGGACAUCCCCGCUACCCCCUCUCCGACAUGGUCCCAAUUCUCGCUGCCUUCGACCAGCGGCCCAAAGACACCAUCACCAGUCUCGCACUACGGGCUCGAUUCACCUUACUUCACAAAGCCGCUGCCCCAGAUGACGGUGCAGAUUCACCCGGCACUCGGAUAUAGUACGACCCCACACCUCAACUACGACAUAUCAUGCCACCCAUCAACACUCACACCCGCCCACCCAUCACUAUCCCCGGCAAUUCUGAGCGAAGCUGCCACCCGCCCGCCUCUUCCAUCAAUCACACUUGUCUCCCAGUACCUUCCAUGGAAGCUUGAGAUAAAGCCGACUGUCGGGCAUUUCGUGACAGUGUCGGAUGUCAUCAACGGGAUGUAUCGUGCACUACGCCUCACUGUUAGCAAGGUGGAAUAUGCAGCGCUCCCAUCACUAGCAGCGCAACAACGGGUUACCGACGCGUACAGCCAUCGCUGCGCGCGGAUACUCGACUCAAGUGCAAAGCAGGUGGAGAUGCAGAAGGGAUUGAAGCGCAUUGACUUCUUCGUCAACAAGAACCGCUUCAUGGGAUUGUCAAGCACUCCCCUUGGUCCCCAUGUCUGGUCCAUCAACGUCUCGUGA